CUCCGCGCGCAAUGGCGGCGCCCGGAGCGAAGACAGCCGAGGCGACGGACGACGAGGGAUCCUCGAGGCAGGCGAGGGGCGAGGCGCAGGAGCAGGUGGCCUCGGACGCGCAGGCGGCCCUGCCCACGGCGAAGGCAGCGGCGCCUUGGCCUUGGCCCGAGGCCGCGGCGCCUGCGCCGCCGCCGAAGGGGGCCGCGGCGCCUGCGCCCGAGAAGGCCGCGGCGCCUGCGAGGGCGCCACCGGCGAACAGGGGCGCCGCCCUCCGCCGCCCCGCCGCCGCGCAGCCCUCCGUGCAGCCCUCGCUUUCUGGGUUCUUGACCGCGAAGAAGGGAGGCGGGGCGCCGCCGUCGAAAGCGCCAGAGAGCGCGCAGGGCAGCAACGCCAAGGCAAAGCAGCAGGCCAAGUCAGGCGCGAAGAAGGGCGGCGAGGCCAAGGCAAAUCAGCAAGCAGCAACAGAGGCGGCACCCCCGCCGAACAACGGGAAGAAGCAGGCGGAGGAGGCCGCGGCCACGGCGGCACCUCCCGCCCCUGCAGAGGAGCACGCGCUUGACGAAGGCGCCUUCACCACAGGCUACGAGCCGCCUCGCUUCGGCCCGUCUUGCGCCACAUGCGGGCGGGGUGCGGAGAGCGUUCGCUUCGAGCUGGCCCAGAAGAGCGCCAGCGCGCGGUGGUGCGCGAGCUGCGACAGCGAGAGCUCCAUGAUGCAGCGCUCCUACGCGUGCUGGCCACCGCGCUCGCUCGCGCUCGUGCGCAAGGAGGGCCCGCAAGCGUUCUGGCGCUCGAUGGACGACCCCUCCGUUGAGGACAACGUUCAGUUCGAAGAGCACCUGGUGAAGGCCCUCACCAUCUCGAGGAAGGAGCGCCUCAGUGAGACCAGGGGCGGGGACUGGAAGCCCUUGCCCGUCUGGGCCCAGGAGUGGCACGACGCGGACGCAGCGCGCGCCCACAACGACGCGAAGUACAACCCGGACCUGAAGCAGGAUUGCCACCGCAUCCGCAUCGAGGGCAGGGGCCGCAAUGGCGAGAAGGACCGCUCGAAGAUCGGAGGCAAAGCCAGAAGCGCGACGACCCGCUGCGGCAGCAACGGCUCGAGGAGCAGCAGCGGCAAGAAGCGCCGCUCGACCGACCGGGGGCGGAAGCGGAGUUCGAGGGGCCGCUCGCGCAGCGGUGACCGCAAGGGCAGCGCGGUUCGCUCCAGCAGCGGAGGCGACAAGGGCGGCGGCGAGGAGGACCGCUCGACCAGCCGCGGCCGCAAGGACGACGGCAAGAAAGGCCGCUCGCGCAGCCGCGGCCGCAGGGCGGCCGGCAGGAAAGGCCGCUCGCCGCACGGCAAGAAAGACCGCUCCACCAGCCGCGUCGACAUGGGCGGCGGGAAGGACAGCAGGGCGAAUAACCGCUUCACCAGCCAAAAGAAGGAGCACGAGAAGAAGGGCCGCUCCACCAGCCGCGGCAGGAAGGACAGCAGGGUGAAGAGCCGCUCGGGUAGCCGCGGCAGGCGCGAGCGCAAGCAGCCUCGCGAGCUUCGCAGCGCGAGCCGCGGCAGGAGGGGCCGCAGCGAGCAAGAGCGCGCCCAGAAGGCCAUCAAGGACCGCAAGGCGUUGGCGAUGAAAACUUCGGAGAAGACGGGGGCCUGGGAGGCGCAGCUGAAGUCGCUCCUCGACGACGCGGCCUGCUCCAAGAACGCCGAAGACAGCCACGAGGCCAUCUCGAAGGCCAGGGAUGGCGCGAGGUCCGCGCUCGAGGACCCCAGGGGGCCCUUGCCCUUCGCGUCGAAGGUCCUGGAGGAGGUCGUCGCAGAGGCCAAGCUCGCGGUCGCAGGCCUGCGCGCGGCCCUGGACCUCGCGAGCUGCCCAACUGCCUUUUGGUCAAUCGGGGCGAAGAAAUACAGCAAGACGCCCGCCUCGACGGACUGA